UGCUGCUCUAACUGCUCUGUCAUUGAUUCAGUAGUAACACAGUCGUCAGUCCACAGCCUGCCUGCCUGCAGAGAGAGAGCCAAAGCAGGAAGAAAGAAAGAGAGGACAUAAGGAGAGAGGAAAAUAGACUGAUUGUGAGAGAGAGAAGCAGGGAAAGCAUCCAGCCAUCUGUCUGUCCAGUCUGAAAGCCACAGCCGCCCUCUUUGUUUGGCGUCCCUGAUAUGACCCUGUUUAAAAGUGAGCACCACCGCAGCCCACGAUACAUUAGCAUGAGUGGAGAGCUGAAGUCCAGCCGUUCCAGGACCAGCAGCAAGAGACCCAGCAGCAAUCCAUACGGAUCUGACUAUGACCUGGACUAUGAGUGCUAUCAGGAGGACCUCUAUGACAGGAUGUAUGACUACCAGCGCGUGCCAGCUUCCCUACCUCCCCUGUCCCAGGGACCUAGCCUGGCCAAACGACCCCGCUCCUCCUCCACUUCCUCUGGGCACAGACGUAGCCGAGACAGGCCCCCCUCCAAGAGCUCCAGAGCCCACUCCACCAGCUCCAACAGGGCCAAGUUGCGGAUGGAGGAGCUGCAGGUCAUUAAGAGGGAGCUGACCCUGAUAAAGACACAGAUUGACGGGCUGCUCGACAACCUGGACAGGAUGGACACACAGAGGCGGGACCACACAGGGUCUCCCGUGAGGGAGGGCAGUUUGGCCGGGUCACCGUACCCCCCCUCCGCCAGCAGCGGUGACCGCUCCCCCUCCCCCCUAUCCCCCCCACGCCACUGCAUACAGAGAGAGAGCCCCGAACUGGGGGAGGCCAGCGAUGAUGAUCACACGGUAACUGGCUUGAUGUCUGUGUGUGGAGAAUCUCUGAAUAUGAAUAACCACAGCUCUGACCCUGAGGAUGAGAUGUGAGGAUGGAAACAGAGAAGAAACGGAGGAGCGCCAGACAUAGAGGAAGAGAACAUCUGUCUUGUCAAGAAGUUACCAUGCCAACAACUGAUUCAGAGGCCCCACUCCUGUCGAACCAACCAGUUACAUUGUAUUCUAUAUCCACAUAUACAUCAACAGCACACAUACACAGACACACUGUAAUUACAGUUGAUCAGAAAUCAAGUAUCUCCCUUGUAAUUCUUAACCAGAACAGGAAAGUUAAAUAAUGUUCUUUUUAGCCCGUUUUCAUAUUUUCCAGAAAAACAUUCUGAUUAUCAGUUCGUAUAAAUUUGACAUGCAUAUUGAGAGACUGAGGGUAUUUGAAAUGAGCAUACUAUAGAUGUCGCAAUCAUAGUUUUUCGGUGACUUGAGUUACUUUGUUUUAUGUAUGUCAUAUCACUGCCAGAGCAUGAGUCCAUCAGAUGAUACUUGUCCAUCAGUUAAUCCCCCCCCCCCCUUAUGUCUGUGUAAUGUUAUCUCCCUGCUGUAUUACUACCUGUCUGUAUUAGGUAUGAGGAGACAGUAGCCCAUCUCUUCCUCUAUGUACCUGGCGCUAUGAACUGAGGAGAGGCCCCGGCCCGGUCCAUGCGUAAUAUUGUGUAUUACUGUAAAACUUUACUGUAUUAGGUCAGCUGUACGAUUUUAAUCCAGCAUUUUAUUUCAGUUUUUUUAUUUGUUUGUGUUUUUUAAAGCGAGAAGAAAACAACAAUGAUAAUUGUUUAUUAUAAUUCCAGUGGUGUUAGAUGUUUUGUUAGUUCUGUUUGCAUUCAUGAAGAAGCCAAGUGGAAACACUACUCACACUGUCACAGUAGUAAAGGUAUUUUCAUAUUGAUUAAAAACACCUCUGGGAGGAGUGUUUUUUUAGUGUGUGUGUGUGUGUGUGUGUGUGUGUGUUUGUUUUUGUUUGUUUUGGUUUUACUAUCCUUGUGGGGGCCAGAAGGAAGUUUUCGACAAGUGGGGACAUUUCGCCAGUCCCCACAAGAAAAUAGGUUAUUUAAGGCUUAGAGGUUAGGGUUACAAUUAGGGUUAGGAGUCAGAUUUAGAGUUUGUGGUUAAGGAAAAUAGGAAUCAGUUGCUUGGUUCCCGUGUCUGUGUGUGUAAUAAAGGGAAACCGAAUGAAAGGCAAUGCUGUAGUGUGUGUAAUGCUGCCUGGACAACAAACAUUGUAAAGCACAAUAUCAGACACAGCGGAACUUGUGUAAACUGUGUGUGUACAGUAUGUGAGUGUUACAGAGAGGAUGGGGAGAGCAAGAUGCUUUUUAUCUCUCAGAAUCACCUUUAUUUGCGAAGUACAUUUACACAUACUCAGAAUUUUAUUCAGUGAUAUGUUGUUGCAGCUGCUAGUGAUAGACAACAUUUAGAGACACAAUACAGACAGUGAAGUUUCAACAAAGUUUACAUACAGUACAUUUGGAAAGUAUUCAGACCCCUUAACUUUUUCCACAUUUUGUUAAGUUACAGCCUUAUUCAAAAAUGUAUUAAAUAAAUUUUUUCCCUCAUCAAUCUACACGCAAUAACCCAUAAUAACAAAGCAAAAAGUUUUUUUUUAAAUGUUUGCUAAUGUAUUAAAAAAUAUAUAUUUAAAAAAUGUUACAUAAUUAUUCAGACCCUCUUUGCUAUGAGACUCGAAAUUGAGCUCAGGUGCAUCCUGUUACCAUUGAUCAUCCUUGAGACUCUUCCUAGAGCUGGCCGCCCAGCCAAGCUGAACAAUCAGGGGGGAAGGGCCUUGGUCAGGGAAGUGACCAAGAACCGAAUGGUCACUCUGACAGAACUCCAGAGUUCCUCUGUCGAGAUGGGAGAACCUUCCAGGAGGACAACCAUCUCUGCAGCACUCCACCAAUCAGGCCUUUAUGGUAGAGUGGCCAGACAGAAGCCACUCCUCAGUAAAAGGCACAUGACAGCCUGCUAAGAGUUUGCCAAAAGGCACCGAAAUUACUCUCAGACCAUGCAUGAAAAACAAGAUUUUCUGGUCUGAUGAAACCAAGAUUGAACUCUUUGGUCUGAAUGCCAAGCGUCACGUCUGGAGGAAACCUGGAACCAUCCCUACUGUGAAUCAUGGUGGUGGCAGCAUCAUGCUGUGGGGAUGUUUUUCAGAGGCAGGGACUGGGAGACUAGUCAGGAUCGAGUGAUAGAUGAACGGAGCAAAGUACAGAGAGAUCUUUGAUGAAAACCUGCUCCAAAGUGCUCAGGACCUCAGCCUGGGGACAAAGGUUCACCUUCCAACAGGACAAUGACCCUAAGCACACCGACAAGACAACACUGGAGUGGCUUCGGCACAAGUCUCUGAAUGUCCUUGAGUGGCCCAGCCAGAGCCUGGACUUGAACCCGAUCGAACAUCCCUGGAGAGACCUGAAAAUAGCUGUGCAGCGAAGCUCCCCAUCCAACCUGGCAGAGUUUGAGAGGAUCUGCAGAGAAGAAUGGGAGAAACUCCCCAAAUACAGGUGUGCCAAGCUUGUAGUGUCAUACCUAAGAAGACUCGAAGCUGUAAUAACUGCCAAAGGUGCUUCAACAAAGUACUAAGUAAAGGGUCUGAAUACUUAUGUAAAUUAAAUGUAAUUAUUAAUUUUUAUUGCUAACAUUUCUAACAAAAACUGUUUUUGCUUUAUCAUAAUGGGGUAUUGUGUGUUGAGUGAUGAGGGAAAAAAUAUAUGUAAUCAACUUUAGAAUAAGGCUGUAAAGUAACAAAAUGUGAAAAAAGUCAAGGGGUCUGAAUACUUUCUGAAUGCACAGUUCCUUAUAUACAACUAGCUUCUAAACUGGAUUGAAAGGGAAAUAAAGCAACUUAUAGAGCAGUGUUGGGAUGUUUUUAAGCUUGCUCCCCUGUGUAGAGCAGUAGGCGAUAUGUUAUUCAGCCUGACUGAACCGAUGUUAGGCUACACAAUUAUGCUAAUAAUGACAUUUAGGCCUAACAUCCUCACUAUUAUCAUUAUUAAGGACUUAUCUAAAGUGUGCACUUUGACCCAAGCCUGUUUCCAAAAAUGUUAAAGGGACAUUUGUGACUGGGAUGUUUGCAUAUUCUUAACCAUUAAUAAAUGCUGAUGUUCCUCCCAACGAGAUAUGUCAAUUACAACAGCAAACAGAGCAGCCCUAGUCAUAUGAAUAACCUUGUGAGUUUUGAACUUGUGCUUAAAAUCUGUUACAGUUCAUUCACUGUAAAUGCCAUACUUUUCACUAGAGGGGGAAACUGGUUUGGGAUGACUUUGAAAGCAGCGCACAUGAGUACCAGCAGAUUACAGAACAUAAAGGAUUAUUUUUUGGGGGAUGAAUACACGGUAGGCUAAUAUAUUGCUUUUGAUUUUUAGAAAUAGUGUUUUUUGUAUUACAAUAUUAUAAAACUACAAUAUUGGCGUGUGACAUUCGUUUGUCUGAAGGAUUGUUAUGAAAUGUUUGAAAGUAAUAAAGCGAAAGUAAAAGAUGUGCAA